CCGAGCGACAAAUAAUAUCUUUUAUGUUGCGAUUUAACUACCUAUUGUCCAUUACUUCGUACUAAGAAAGAGAGCCCUUCGGAUGACUGUCGCUGUCAAUUUCGUCCUAUCCUGUUGACCUUCCGCCGCGCUCCGACGCUGGCUCGUCCCGACCGAACUUGCGCUAUUCCUUUAAUUCGUCCCUUAUUAUAUUUACAAUGGCGAGUUUCCUAAACAAAUGGAAAUCCAGUAACUCCGCGACGUCUAGUUCGACAGGCAAAGAUGCGCAAAAGAAGAAGGAAGAAGCUACUCCGGAGUUAACUCCAUUGGAGAAGAUGCUUCAGAACACUGGCGCACUACGGCAAGAUGGAAGCGACAAGUUCUUUGGAAUGGAGAAUUUUGGCAACACUUGCUACUGCAACUCGAUCGUUCAAGCCUUGUAUUAUACCGUACCGUUUCGAGAACAGGUCUUAAAUUUUCCACCACUGUCGCCGUCGAGUACCCCCAAUGGCAACCGUCCCAGAGUCAAUGUUCAAAUAAGAGCGCCGGUUACGAAUGGAAGCGCACACGGGGGCGCAAACGGGCAUAAAAAAGGUCUUACUUCAGCAGAGGUUAUGGAGAGAAGAAAACAGAUUAAUUCAGGCCAGCCCCAGCCAAUCCGACCCGAAGAUAAACCAGAUACCCCCGAGUAUAAGAAGAAGCAAGCCAUGCUCAAAGGACCCAUAUUAGAGCUGGCACAAGAAAGUAACGAAACUUUUGGCAUGGAUGAAUGUACAUUCACUGGGCUAAGAGAUAUUUUUAUGACGCUGGUUGAUAGUACCGUCCGUACAGGGGUCCUCAGUCCGCAGCGAUUCCUCGAGAUUUUCAAGCGCGACAAUGAAAUGUUCCGAAAUUCGAUGCACCAGGACGCCCAUGAGUUUUACGGACUCGUUUUGAACGAUAUCAUAUCAAAUGUCGAGAACACAGCCAAACGAUUGUUGAACGAGCAAGCGCUUCUUGGUAAGGACGGCGUCGAAGAAUCGCUGAAAGCUGCCUUAGGGGCAGUCGCUAAGACUACCUCAAACGGUACGAAUUCUCCAGGAACAGGAUGGGUGCAUGAUAUUUUUGAAGGAGUAUUAACAUCAGAGACGAAAUGCCUCACAUGUGAGACCGCAUCUCAGCGCGACGAAACGUUUCUCGAUUUGUCAAUCGACUUGGAGGAACACACUUCGGUGACCUCUUGCUUACAAAAAUUCUCAGCUGAGGAGAUGCUUUGUGAGAGGAAUAAGUUUCACUGCGAUCACUGUGGAGGCUUACAAGAAGCUGAAAAGCGCAUGAAAAUCAAACGAUUACCCAAGGUGCUAGCAUUACACCUAAAAAGGUUUAAGUAUACUGAGGACUAUAGCCGGUUACAGAAACUAUUCCAUCGCGUGGUUUACCCAUACCAGCUACGAAUGUUUAAUACGACCGAGGAUGCUGAAGAUCCAGACCGGUUAUACGAGCUAUACGCCGUCGUUAUCCAUAUUGGCGGUAACGCGUACCAUGGACAUUAUGUUUCGGUCAUCAAAACGGAGGACCGAGGUUGGCUCUUGUUUGACGAUGAAAUGGUCGAACCGGUUGACAAGCACUACGUUAGGAAUUUCUUUGGCGAUAAGCCGGGUAUGGCUUGCGCAUACGUGCUUUUCUACCAAGAAACAACUUUCGAAAAAGUGCGGGCUGAGCAGGAAGCCGAAGGACUUGAAGAAGUUAGGAUAGCUAGCGAGAAAGCCGGUGUUGCUCAGGAGGAUGGCCAACCUAAUGGACACGUCCCUGGGUUGUCGAGGCAGUUAACACAACCAAACCGAGCACAUGAAGAACCUGAAGGGUUGAUACUGGAUCAUGCUGCCACUGCACCCGACAUAGUCAUCAAUUCAACAAUCCCUUCGCCGGCGUUGCCCCCUCAAGUUGAUGGCGCAGCACCACCUCUUCCUCCGCUUCCAGCGAGGGUAAAUACAGUUAAGAGAGAUUCAAAAUCCAAGGAGGAAAAGAGCCGGGAGAAGAAAGAAGCUAAGGCACAGGAAAAAGCAAAGAAGGUAGCAGAGAAGGAAGAUCUUAAAGCUAAGGAGAAGCUGCGGAAACAAUCCUCGGUACGGUUGCGCGAAGCUCGUAAGGCCGAAGAAGAUGAUUUGAAGAAAGCUCUUGAAGUAAGCAAAAAGAUAGCCGAAGAAGAGGAAGUCAACCGUAAUGAGCAAGACGAUAGUGUCCCAUCACUACCAAAGCCGAACAGGGGUAGCAAAUCUAUGUCGAGGAAAAGCUUCGGGUUCCUCAGCAAAGAUAGAGCGAAGCGGGAUAGCUUAGAUGUCUCCGAAAAUGGGCAUAAUGGAGAGAGCGCGGCGCACGCCCACGACAAACCGGAGCCACAUAUCAAGCUUAAGAAGAGCUUCAGUUUUAGCCUUGGUCGGAAGAAAAGCCAUAGUAACCUCUCGUAAGGAUACUCAUUAGCAGGAGUUAAGGGAUUCACAUUCAACGGGAUAUUUACCCAUGUCUAAGUAAAAUGACACCAGGGGUACGGCAUAUAUGGAGUUUCAGGAGCAUAAAAAACAGAAAUUCACCGAUUUCGAGCAUUUACGGAGGAUAUGCGCUAUAACUGAAAUUCGGUUUGGAUACUCUGUAGGGCGAGACAGCCUUUAUAGUAACCAUACCCAACUCUUUUUACCCCGAGAGUUGGGCUCACUCAUAGUACUAUGGGUAUCUGUGUGAUAAGGCCAGGCGUAGGAGCACAGGCCCUCGUCUGAUAGCAGAGGAAUCAGAAAAAAGACUCGAUAGUUACAAAAGCCAUCGGCUUGGUCCAAAUCCUAAUGCGAUAUCAUCGAUAUAGUAUGUGGUGUCAUUAUGUAUGAUUUGACUCCUAUACGUAACAGGACUUUGUGCCUUCCCGAUCUUUUAUUGACCAUGUCCUGCCAAACCGAAGUGUACAUGUACCUAAACGCCUAUGUCAAGUCGAAUGCGCCCUUAUAUUCUCAUCGUGUUUCGUGAUGUUUUGUUCUCCUCUUAGCCUAGGACCAGCUCGUAGAUUAUUAUUAAUGUAUUAAUCGCUAUUAGUGGAA